AUGGCCGACCAGGAGAGGACUGACAUAUUGGUGGCGGUGAACAAGUCCAGCGAGAAAGGGUAUCCUAACCCCUCGAAACGCAGCAAGGUAGCCUUCGAAUGGAUCCUCGAGAACAUUGUUCGAACUAACGUUGAUCGUUUCGGCCUUUUUAUCCUCCACGUCCACCAACCAUACCCUCCUGAUGCAGAAUAUGAAGAGGCGCUUGAGAUGCUGGAUUAUUUUGAUAAUAAAUGUCUUCAGAUUGGGGUGGCUCAUUUAUCUUGGACCGCUCCAGGGGAUGACCCUAAAGUAGUUAUUUGCGAAGAAGCGCAAAGAAUCGGCGCGGAUCUCCUCGUCUUGGGAAUUAGAAAACGUGCUUCAAUACGGAGGUUUUUUAAUCGGGGCGAGAGCGCUGCUGAAUACUGUAUAAAGCAUACUGAUUGUCCUGUUAUCACUGCUAAUAAAAAGGCAACUCAAAGGCAUAUUGCCCUUUAG